AGGAAGUAUAAACACCUGACAGGUAGAUAACACAGGUGUGUCACGUGAUCACAGUACAUAGAGACUGCACUUGGAGAUCGAUCAAGGACGGCCACCAUUAUUGAAAUCAGUCAAAAAAUCUAAUGAUGGACCUCUGUACCAGUGCCCAGGACGUGAUGCGAUGUGACCUGUGUGAGACAGCUGUGGUACAGAUGCACUGUGAUACAUGCCUUGUCAACCUGUGUACAGCUUGUGUAGGAAAACACAUGAUAUCUGAUGAAUCCAAGGAUCACAAAGUUGUUAAAUUUCAGGCCAGGAAAUCCACUCCCCUCUACCCUGUAUGUACAUCUCAUAACAAAGAUCGAUGUGAAAUGUACUGUAAACAAUGUGACAUACCUGUCUGUCUUAGCUGUCUUGCAUCAAAACAACAUUUAGGUCAUGAAUUGUCUAAAAUCUUGCAAGUUCUGGAUGAAAAGAAGGACAUAAUUAUAAAAGAAAGAAAUGAAUUAAUUGAUACAAUUUAUCCAACUUACCAGGACAUUGCCUCUGAUGUACAAAACAGAAUGAGUCAGUUUGAAAAGGAAUAUGGAGAUCUCUCAACAGCCAUAACAAAACAUGGAGAGGACUGGCACAGAGAAAUUGACAAACUUGUCAAGAAACUUAAAGCUGAAGUUGAUGUCAUGAAAAACACACAGUUACAAACUCUACAGAAACAUCUGGAUGAAAUAAACAAGACAAUGUCUGACAUCAAGGAAGAAAUCAAUUCAAUGGAAACUGUAACAGACACUAAUGACUUGUCAAAACUAUUUAGUGUCACAUCCAAUGUACACACAUACAGAAAUCUUCCACACAAAAUUAUGCCAUCUUUACCCAAAUUCAUUCCAGGAAAAAUCCAAGGAGAAGAACUUAGUAAACUGUUUGGAGUUUUAUCAUCAAAUUCUUUAACAUCAGAUAAAUAUGGGUACAGCAUGAAGACACCACAGAAAUCACCAGAAGCUGGAUCCUCUCCUCCAGUCAAACAGCUGCUUGAUAAACCAAGAACUGUCACCACCAUAGACACUGGGUAUGGAAACCUUUGCAAUGUGGCCUGUCUGAGUGAUGAAGAAAUCUGGACAUGUGGACGUGGCAGCAUCAUGAAACUCUACAGCAUCAACCAGGGAUCACUACUCAAGUCAAUCACAACCAAGUCAGGGAACAGACCAUAUAGCAUAGCAGUGACAAAAAGUGGAGAUCUAGUUUAUACUGAUUACAAUGAUAGAACUGUGAACAUUGUGAAGAAUAAGAAGAUAGAGGAGGUGAUCAGACUACACAACUGGAGACCUAUAGGUGUCUGUAGUACCUCCUCUGGUGACCUCCUGGUUAUCAUGGACAGUGAUGAUAACAAACAAUCAAAAGUUGUCCGUUACUCUGGCUCCACAGAGAAACAAAGCAUUCAGUUUGAUGAUAAAGAUAAACCUCUCUAUUCACCUAGUUCUGAUUAUCUAAGAUACAUAACUGAGAACAAGAACCUGGAUAUCUGUGUGUCUGACUUGGGAGCUAGAGCAGUAGUGGUGGUCAAUCAGGUCGGGAAACUGAGAUUCAGGUACACUGAACAUACUCCUGCUCUAAAGAACAAACCAUUCAGUCCACUAGGAAUCACCACAGACAGUCAGAGUCACAUCCUUAUAGCUGAUUUUAACAAUGAAUGUGUCCACAUCAUAGACCAGGAUGGACAGUUCCUCCGUUACAUAGACUGUGGACUGAGUGAUCCCCUGGGACUAUGUACAGAUACAAAUGACAAUCUGUUUGUUGCUCAAUUGGUAAACAAACAAGUGAAAAAAAUCAAAUAUGUACAGUGAAAUGCAUAACUGUGUUGUAUUCUAUGUAAUUAACAAGGUAUGUAAUAUAACUGAUGUAUCAGUAUGCUGCUCUAUUAAAUCUUACAAUAAUACAUAUUUCAAUCUUAUUAUCAA